AUGAACGGCGGUACGCCGUGUCCGUGCUCUUCGCACCGGCGUUACUACAACGGAGACGCAGGAGUGGGUUGUCUGUGGCUUCGGUCCAGCUCCUCAGUGUCACGCGGAGGGAAGAGGCAAAAGGUGAGAGAAAGCGCACCCGCAGGAGUUUCCCCAAUCAAGGCUCGGGCGCGGCGUGAUUGGACUGCCAGCGGGGGAGGGCCUACCACUACAUUAGGAAAGAUCCGGUGUCUGGCGUAUUGCCCUGACAAGGGGUUUACACGCCACAGACACAAGGACUUGCUGAACCCGUGGGGGGAACGCGGUCUUCUGGAUCCACGGUCCUCUUUGCCUGACGCAUUGCUCCGUGCGGGGUUUACGCGUCACAGGCAGGAGUUGGCAGCGGUGAAACCUGGUGCGGGGGAAGCCGCUGUCUGUGGUUUCAGACUCGUGCGGUUCUGGCAAGUGAAACAUAAACAAGCAGUGCUCGCGUUCUCGCGAGACUUCGCAAUGUCACACACGUGUGAAGACUGCGGGGUGCAAAUGCCCAUUGAGGAUGGGCAUAUGAAGUGCGUUUUAUGUUUGGGAGAGGAUCAUGCCUCUGCGGCCAGGGAAGACCCGUCCUCUUGCAUGAACUGCUUUAUUAUACCCAGGCCGUCACUCGAGGCUCGUUGUUGUCUGUUUAGGGGCAAGAAACGGAAAGCCUCUGUUACUGAGCUGAGCCAGGAAAAACGUGACAGAGGGUUGGGAACUAGGUCAAAGACUCCCAUGAUUGGGCCUCCACUUACAAUUACUGUGCAUGACACCUCUGAGCCUCAUGAGCAGGAGGACGUGAGUGAUGUGGAUGUGGAGUGUUUUUCAGACAGUGAUUUGGCACCUGACCAGGAGGGCACGGCAUCUGUAGCUAAUGAAGGAGCAAGCAGCAGUGGCAGGGAAGAGUAUUGCUUCUCUUUGGGUAACCAGGCGGCAGCUAUGGCUCUCCCAGUCACCACUGCAGCCGGAGGAUCAAAGCCCAGUAGGCACGCAGAUGUGCGCGGGAAGUGUCUGGGGUGGUUGUGCGGCGGCGCAAGUGGCAGAGUGCAGGUUCCGCAUCCAGGCCACCUACACAAACCGGUCAGCAGCAAAACUGGGGCUCACGGGACUUACGUACCACCAUUGAGGCCCAGCGGCGACGGAGCAGGGGCAAAGGGGGGCCAUCAGGUUCUGGGUUUCAGGCUAAGGGCCGACCCAAGCCUCCGCCUCAGUCCUGACGCCAGGAUGGACCCAGCGUGUUUCCCCGACAUUGAGACACGCCGGACUGCCUGGAUGGCCAUGGGUGCGUCCCCAUGGGUCGUGUCUACCAUGACGCAGGGGUACCGUAUCCAGUUUUUACGGAAGCCUCCCACCUCAGUGUCCCCUUUGGUGGUCACUCAGGUGCAUUCCGAACACAGGGCAGUACUCCUGUCGGAGAUUUCUACCCUGUUGGAGAAGAAGGCAAUCAGAGUAGUGCCACCAGGCGACAGACAGGCUGUGUUUUAUUCCCGGUAUUUUUUGAUUCCCAAAAAGGACGGCAAGCUCCGCCCCAUUCUCGACCUGAGAGGACUGAACCGGUUCAUUCGUCCUCUGCGGUGCAAAAUGUUGACAGUCUCCAGGGUGAGACAGUUCAUCUGCAGAGGGGAUUGGUUUGUUACCAUCGAUCUGAAGGACGCCUAUUUUCAGAUUCCCAUCUGGAAAGGCCACUGGCGUUUCCUCAGAUUUGUCUUCAACGGCAAGGUGUACGAAUUUCAGGUUCUUCCCUUUGGGAUAUCCCUGGCUCCUCGCACAUUCACGAGGUGCAUGGAAGCAGUGCUCUCACCUCUCAGACAGGAAGGCAUCAGAAUUCUGAACUACUUGGACGACUGGCUCCUGUGUGCGGGGACACAGCAGGAGUGUCGGGCUCACUUGUCUCUGCUGUUGGAACACCUGCGUCAAUUGGGGCUUCGUCUCAACUACGAGAAAAGCCAUCUCGUACCGUCUCAAGAGACGCACUUUCUAGGCCUAGUCUUGAAUUCUCAGGCAGCAAGUCUCACACUAUCACAGGCGAGACUGAUGUCCUUCGAGAGUUGUCUCUCGCAGUUCAGACUGGGGGCCAGAGUCACAUGGCGGCAGUGUCUCCGCCUCAUGGGGCUUAUGGCGUCCAUGUCACAGGCGGUCCCUUUGGCGCUGCUGAACAUGCGCCCAGUCCAACGGUAUCUUCUGGGUCUGGGUCUGGAUCCUCAGAGACACCUACACGUGGGCUGA